AUGUCGACUCGAAACCUUAGCUUCAGCAUAGAGAAUAUUCUGGGUCUUGAAAAAUGUUACGACCACGGUGACGAGACGGAAAACGAUCAUCAAGGAUUCAGGAUCGCUUCAAGAACAGGGGUACAAUCGAAAGUGUCCCUCCCGUUCACCGAACGUUAUAGCGUUGUGGAUGGGAUGUCGACACCUCAUUCGGUGGCGGUUCUUUCUUCAUCUUCAUGUUCGAUCCCUUCGACGGGUUCGGCUCUCGACGUCGCGUCAAGACGAAAGCCUCGUCGAAUGCGUGUUCGAACCAACUUCAGUGCAUGGCAGCUGGAGGAGCUGGAGCGGGCGUUUACCACCACCCACUAUCCAGAUAUUUUCAUGCGGGAAGCUCUGGCGAUGAGACUCGACCUCAUGGAGGCGAGAGUUCAGGUAUGGUUUCAGAAUCGCCGGGCAAAGUGGCGGAAACACGAGAGAACCUGUGGGAAACAGGUACCAAAUUCACCCAAGAAAACGGACACUUCUCCGGCAGAAUUAAAAGGGUUAUCCAAGACGGAAUCCAUAGAAGCAGCCAAAAAGAUGCCAUAUCCGUUUAUAAGUUUAGCUAAAGGGACCAAGACUUCGGUUCAGCAUCAUCACCAUGAACAGCGUGAUCGUCAACCGUUUCGAGCCGACAUCGUAAAAGACUCUUCUUCUUCCUCUUCUUCUUUUUUUUCUUCUUCUCCUUCUUCUUCUUCUUCUUCUUCUUCUUCUUCUUCU